AUGUCGCCUGCAUCCGCUGGCUCGUGUUCAUUACCUUUUUGUGACACACCGAUCCAGUCUUGCCCCACUACGAGGCGUCGGCCUGGAGCUUUUCCCGUGGUGCUGCUGCCACCAUUGAUCAUGAGUUUGAUCGGGAAGUUUUUCUUGCACGACAUUACCGAGACCCAUGUUCUCCACCAUUUUGUGUCGCGUAUUCCCUUUUAUAACGCCAGACCUGUGUCGGAGGCCAUAAAGCCAGUUUUGGGCGAUAGCUACAAGCACUUUAACGAGAGAAUGUUGGGGUUUCUCUGGAAGAGCGCCCGUUCUUGCCAGUUUGUCGAUGGCGACGAGAUUAAAAUAUUUAAAAAUGUGAACGGGUAUGGAGUCAAGCCCACUGUUUAG